AAAGAUGGCAAGAGACGAACGAAUCGCGUGCUAACGCAAAACGAAGGCAGGCGUUACUGGUGUGGUUACAUUUACGACGGCAAACGUGCAGUCACGGUAAUCGACUAUCGCCGGUUCCAUUUUUUUAACGACGACGCGAUGAAUAACAUAUUUUUGUUAAUCAUGUGAAAAGACAAGCAUUUAUGAAGUCAAAAGAGUUUCUUAAGUAGCAGCUCGGAAAACAGGCCCGGCCAAAAACACUCCUUACGAUGUCAAACAUGCGGCGAAGAUUUUUUCUAAAGAGUCUCGCUAUACGACGGCGUGUUUCGGCUAAGAUUUGUCAGUGAAACCGGUGCCAAUGAGCGUGAAUAUAUGGCGGCGCGAGUAUUUUUACUUAGUAUCUUGUUUACAGAAGUACUAAAGCCCGCUUGUGCUGCAGGUGUCAAAGGUAUUGGAACAAGUAUAAAUAAUAGAAAUGUAUCUAAAUCCGAUGGUUCUGAUACAGAUUCAAUAAAAGGUUCUGCUACAACAAUAGAAAUACAACCUAGUGGUCAUGUAAUAUUGGGAAAGAAAGCGAUAAUACUUAAUUGUAUAGCUGGUACGAAUCAAAAUAUUUCCUGGUUACAUAAUGGAAAACCAGUACCACCUUGUGGUUCUACUCGAUGCAAUUUACAACGUAAUGGAUCUCUUCUUUUCAUUAAGAAACAGAAUUUCCAAAAGUCACAAAAGUUCAAAGAAAAAGAUAAUACCAGCCUUAUUAAUAUUAAGAAUCAUAUUAAAGAUGAAUAUCGUUGCAUAACACGUACUGAUUUUGGAGGAUUACUGAGAUCAUCACCAACAUUUAUUGAAAUAGCAGAACUUGCCCAUGUAUUUAAAGAAUCACCAGAGAAUGUAACUGUCCAAGAAGGUGAAGUAGUAAGAUUGUCUUGUAUUAUAGAUAGUGUUCCCUUUCCACCUAAUGUUACAUGGGAGCAUAAUGGAGAAUCAGUUCAGCUUAGUCUUAAUGAUUCAAAAUAUUCAAUGGUAUCACCAGGUGUUCUGUAUAUAAGUACAACACAAUUAUCAGAUGCUGGUUCUUAUAGGUGUGUAGUGACUAAUGAAUUCCUAAAGAAAACCAAAAAAAGUAAAGAGGCAAAACUGACUGUUAUUACUAGAUCAGAAAGUGAAAACUCGUAUAAAUCAUCAUCUUUAUUUCCACAAAUGUCAUAUAAUCAUUGGCUACUUAAUGGAUCAAGCCUUAAUUUAGCAUGUGCUGCAUCUGGUUAUCCACUGCCUCUUAUAACAUGGACUUUCAUACCUCGCUUUGCAGGUGACAGCAAUGUUCCACAACCUCGCAUUCUUGUUAAUUCUACUACUGGUAUUGCUAUACUAGAAUUAAAAAAUGUAAGCAUUUCUGAUGCUGGCAUCUAUCUUUGUUCUUCAAAAAAUUCAAUUACAAAUGAUUUGGAAAUUCAGAAUAUAACUGUAAAUAUAUUGGUACCUCCAUCAUUCUUGAAAACUCCUAUGAAUCAAGUUUGUCCAAAUGGAAGAACUGCAAGAUUUGAGUGUCAGGCACAGGGUUUACCUGUACCACAAAUUUAUUGGCUAAAGGAUUCUCUAAAUAUUACUGUCAAUGGACGUCGAACAACUUAUAUAAAAGAACACAACAAAAUGGAAUUGGCAAUAUCGGCAACAGUUCCAUCAGAUUCUGGUCUAUAUCAAUGUGUAGCUGUAAAUUCAGCAGGAGAAAUAUGGGCUGCUGGUCGGCUUCAAGUAAACUCAUCUCGUAAUAGUCCUGCUGCACCUACCUCUUUAAAAUGUCAUGCUGUGUCCCCAGUUAGAAUUUUCAUUUCAUGGGAACCACCAAAGUCUCUACCGUAUACCAGUAUUACAGCUUAUACCGUCCAUUAUAGCCCUGUUGAAGGUGGUAAAGAAGAAGUUUCUCCUCCUGAACCAGGCAAUUCCACAUCUGUAGAAGUAACAAAACUUCUAGAACCAUUUACAAAUUAUUCUUUUUACGUACGAGUAUGGAACAUAUAUGGCGCUAGUGAUCAGUCUGCCACCAUCUUGUGUUCUACAGCUCCAAGUGUUCCUAAAAGCACACCGAAAAUAAGUAUGAAUGUUGUUAGUAGUACAAAGUUAAAUGUAUCAUGGGAGUCUUUAACAAAAAGGGAAUCUCGUGGUAUUGUGGUAGAAUAUAAAUUACAGUGGAGACUUCAUCAACAUCCAUCAUCUAGAGUACUAUUUUUACCCGCCACCACUGAACAUUAUAUACUUUCUGAUUUAAUACCAGGAGCUAAAUAUGAUGUACGAAUAUUAGCAAGAACAAAACAGGGAUGGCCUAAUUUGACUGAAAUGCAAUUAAAUUGGAGCACUAUAACAAUGCCUCCUCUAGAUUCUAAUGAAUUUAACAUUAGAAAAUUUGUAGACAUGCAAUUAUUAAGUUUCAAGAUUUCAGUAGUUAAAGUCAUCUGGAAAAUAAAUUUGAAAGGAAAUAAUAAAGUCGAGCCAGACUUUGAUUCUUGGCAAAUUUACUGUGAAAAUUCAGAUGGAUACAAAUUAUUAACUGCUGUUAUGCCCCGAAAUGCUACAGAAUAUACUUUAACUAAUCUUGAAAGGAAUUGUUCGUACACUGUGGGUCUUUGUAUGGUAAUUUCUGGUGAAGUAAGAGAUUGUUUAACCAAAAUCAUUGAUAUUACUCAUUCUGGUUCCAGUAAUGUAUUUAUGGCUUUGGAGGCUAUUCCUGUUUCAUCUACCUCGAUACAUGUGACAUGGACAGUAACUGAAAUGCAUAGUGUACAUUCCUUUGAACUUUGCUAUCAUGCAGUUCAUAUAGAAAGUGUUGAAGCAUCCAAAUGCAUUACACUAGAUGAUACCAAGAUGACUGUUGAUAAGUUGAAGCCAUUUACUUUGUAUCAAUUUAAAGUGAGGAUGAUACGACAUGAAAAUAAUCAAAGUAACAUUUACAGUGAAUCUGUUGAAUGUUAUACUAAUGAAGAUGUUCCUGGAAAAGUUGAGGAUAUUCAGUGGUUUUUGGGCAAUAACACAAAAGUUCGUAUUGCAUGGAAAGAACCAAGUAGUAUAAAUGGAGUGAUACAAAAUUAUUUUGUUGCAUAUACCAUGAAUUUAAUGAACUCUACUGGCAUUUGGGGAAAUGUAACAGUUCCUGGAAAUAAAACAUCAACUACACUUCCAGGUUUAGUUCCAGGAAAACGGUACUUUGUAAUUGUACAAGCAGCUACAAAAGCAGGUUAUGGUAAACCAUCAGAUCCUAUAAUCAUUAUCACUGGUGGCAAUAUUGUUAUAGAAUCAGAUAAACAGAAGCCACCGCAAGAUAUUAAACCUGAUCAAAGUCUAGGUAUAAUUCUGGGUGUAAGCAUAAGUAUAGUAUUCAUAACAAUUUGCUUAUGUAGCAUUUAUUGUCGAAAUAAAUGCGAGAGUUCUAGAUCUUUAAGAGAUGGUGCUCAACCUCUAAAAGGACGUAUUUUGGUGCGAAAUGGAAACGGUUGUUGUAUCGAAUCUACAGCUCCUGUAAAUCAGCAAAUGAAUGUUACAGUUACUUCUAAUGAAGUUGAACUUACUGGCCUCUGUCCAUCUUCACCAGUUACAACAAAUCCACAUUCAGAUACCAAAGGAGGACAUUCCAAUGGUGUUGUGGAACCUUGUGUAAAGGAACCAUUAUUAUCACCUUGGGAUGUAAAUGGAGAAUCAAAGGAUAUUUGUCUUGCGGAAAACCCUCAGUACAAAAGGCGUGAUAGUACCGUUUUAAGAAAAAAUGAAGAAGAAAACCAAGAUUUGGAUGAUACACAGUUCACUAUGGUCAAUUGUACUUUAGACAGUAACAGUGGCAGCCUAAACAAUAAUUCAGGGUGUCCGGAUAAUGAUAUAUCAUCAGAAAACGUUACCUGUACAUCUAUUCCAGUACUUGGACCAAAUGGAUGAAUACGCUAACGACUAAUCUUGGCUGUUCGCAUUUUCAUGAAUUGGAAUACAGCAGGUAGGAAUAUGACGUUAAUUUAAAAAGCCUGUUACAAAGUUGUUGCAAAUGAGUAGAAUCAGAUAUUAUGAAAGCAAGAAAAGUCAAAGCUUAUAAAAAAGUAGAGAGGAACGUAAGUUAAGAAAUAAAAGUUGAUACAGUUCCAUAAGAUUUAUAUGACAUAUAUCAUAUGAUUCUCUCAAAAGAAGAUAUCGUGUUUGAAAAAUAGUACUCAAUUAAAUUUUCAAAUAAUAAUAUUAGUACUACAGACAAAAGUAAACUUGUUAAAAAUCCAGGUUUUCUUAUUUACAUUUAUGAUUAAAAAUUCAAAAUUCUUGUAAAUUAUUUUACAUACAAAUCAAGUAAUAAGAUCUUUGUAAUCAAGUUUUCAAUUUUAGAUAUAUAUGGAUACUUGAAUAUGUUUAGUUACAGUCAACUUUACAUCAUGGGUAUUAAUCUUUAGGUAUCCAUACUUAAGUCCACAGUUUAUACAAAUAAUGAUAAAAGUGUACUUGUUUUCAUAAAUUAUUUUUAACAUGUAAAAACGAAAAAGUGUUUAUACGAAUAUUUUGGAAAUCGUUCCUUAAGUCAAAAUAUGACAACAUGGACUUUGAGUGUAUGUACAAUGUAAUAUAUGACAUUGGAAUACAUAAGAUAGAACAACUAAUAAAAAAUAUGGUAUGCACACAUUAUCAUAAACAAACUACGGCUGAUAAAUAGCAUUCAGCAGUGUAGUAUAAAAUUUUUUUGCAAAAAUAUUGAAUUUAAAUAGAUAAAAAAACUAUAUAUGGAAUAAUAAUGCAUUGAAUAUGAGUCCAUAAAUACAUUAAAUGUCUAAGUGUGCAAGGCCUAUACAAUUUUAUAAUUGGCUGGAAAACUAACAAUGUAUUUCUCUUUUAAUAAUGAUUAUACUAGCCAUUCCAUGAUUUUAUUUUUUCAGAUAGUUAAACAUAAAAAAAUAUGAUACAAAUUUUUUAGCAUUAAGAACUGAAAGUAGAGUAUAAUUUGAUACUAUACAUGUGUCAAAGUUAGUAGAUAUAAUUUUUUUACUUUACUUUUUUUCAUGAGUAUAUAGAUAGUAAUUAUAAAGUUAUGAUUUAUAAGUUGAAAAUUCGCUAUUCAAAUGAAAUAAGAAGUCGUAAAACAAAUGACAUUAACAAAUUAAAUAAUAAAUUAAAUGCUUCACAUUACAAAAGAUUAUAUAGAAUUCACAUCAGUAGAAUCAAGUAAUUUUUACAAAUCUUUAACAUUAACUGUAGAUUUUCUUAUUUUGAUAUAUUUCAAAGUUUCAGAAAUCCUCUGAAUGUAAAAAGGCAAGUUUAAUAUUGUAAAAUAAGAUGAGUAUUACAAAUGAAUUUAUACAUUAAUUUAGAUACACAGAACAAUUAUAUAAUAGAUCCUCAUUGUGAACGUCCUUUGUGUCUCCAAAAUCUUUAAAAGAUUCUCCAUAAUAACAACUUAAAUAAUUGGGCGAUUGUAAAUGAUUCUUACAUUUUUAAUAAUUUUUAUAUUAUAUUUUUAAUUAUAUGAAAAUCAUUUAAAUUGUUUUAAUUGAUCAUUGUAUUUUUUAUUUUUCGAUAUAUUAACUUACAGUACGUAACGGAAAUUUUCAAAAAUACAUACAUACAUACAUACAUACAUACAACAUCCUUAUAGUUAAUGAAUAUUAUUUUAUCAUUAUUAUUGCAUAUCAUUUUAUUAAAUACUUCUAUUAUUUUUAUUAUAAACAAAUUCAUCCACACAGAAGCUAUAAUUAAUUUCUAAUAUAUAUCAAUGAUAUUAUAUUAUAUUCUUUUCUACAUAAAAAGUAAGUUUCAUUUACAAUACAAAUUCAGAUCCGAUUUUAUUUAUUUUUGUUCAUAUAUAUGACUAAAUAAGUACACCAAUAAUUAAAUGUUUUGCUUUAAAAACAAUUGACUUAUAAACAGUAAAAGUUCUGUGUAUCAUACAAUAGACAAAGGAAAAAUUUGCAAAUAUAUGUAUUCCAGACUGGUGCAUGUUACCAUGACAGAAAACCCAUUACAGUACCUGAUAGAAUAAGGUGUAUCUUUUAGAGUGAGACAUAGACAUGUCAGUGUUGUUACUGUACCUCCACUAUCUGUUAUUUAUUACUUUUAACAUUCAGUGAUAUUUCACAAAAUCAUAUUACACUGAACCAUGCAAUAAUGUAGUUGCCAUGAGCACAUAAUUAAAUCAAGUAAAGAUAGAAUUAUAUUGGACCUAUGCGUAUUAGAACUUCAACUGCAUCUUUAUCAUAUAGAAAAUAUCUAUACUUCUAUAAAUGAAAGAGAAUUUUUUAAUGUUUAAAAUGUUCCCAUUUUAUGUUAAGAAAACUGCUAUUAUUCUAGACUUUUUUGUAGAAUAUAAGACCAUUUUUGAGACAGUCCUACAUUUUGGUUUAAAUGUACAAUAAUAUUAUUUAUGUAUUAUCACUACAUAUAUAUAUAUCUCAUAAAAACAUUCUUUUUAAUUAUUUGAGAAUAUUCAAUAACAUUCUAAGAAUGAUAGCUUUAUUUAGGCAAGAUGCAUAGAACUCACUGCAUAUAUCUUAAUAUUAUAUAAAUUUUAUAUUUCAUAUACAUUAUUAAGUUCAUAUAUCAUCUAACAAUAAUUGCAAUAGUUUAUGUUCUGCAACAUAUUACAUAUUCUGAUGUUUGUUUUGUGAUUUUAUAUAAGUUUCUCAUUUGGUAUUAUAUCCAUUAUACUAUCUGUUAUACCUUAUGUUAUUUCUGUAUAGUAUUGUACUUCCAUAUUUGUUAAAUACUUGUUACAAAAUUUGUUUUAAGAAAAGGCAGUUGUAUAAUUUAUUGAACUAUACAUCAUCAAAUGUAUGUAUAGUAUUAUCAAAGACAGCUCAUCAUUAUCCGUAUGAAUUUCGUUUAUUGUAUGUUUUUCUUUUAUAUACAUACUUUAUAAAAUAUACAGGUAGUUCUCGCCUUUACGAAUUACUUCAUAAUCGAUUCCUUUUUUAGUAAAGCGAAAAUUCGUAAAGUGAGAGGGUCUUCUGUUCCUAACAAUUAAGUUUUUCCAUUGAAAAGCUUGAUAAUGUUAAAUGAAAAAGAUUUUUUUUAUAUUAUAAUAUUUUUAAAAAAUUCUUAAAGUUGAGAAUUUGUAAAAUAUGAAUUCAUAAAUUAGGAACUACCUGUACAUUAACUUUUCAUAUUUAGCACACUUUACAAUGCAGAUAUUACAUAAUGCAACACACACACACACACACACACACACACACACACACACACACACACACACACACACGUUUAAGAUUGUAUCAGUGUUCGGCUUCUAAAUAACAAAAUCAUUUACUAAAAAUGUUAAAAAAUAAAUAAAAUACACAUAUAAAGAUAAAUUUGAAUUAUCAAAGGAAAAAAAAGAUUGAUUUUAUAAAUAAAAUUAUUUUUGAACUUUUUUACAUCAUUUUGGAUUAAGAAGCAUUUUUUAUAAAAAUUUGUAGUAUGUCAUAAUUUAUAGCAUUCCAUUUGUGAUAUUUAUAUUUUGAUUCUGUUUAUAUCCCACUUUGUAAAACCAUGGUUUUUUCUUUGUAAAAGAAAGGAAAAAAACAUGAAUGUAAUCUAAUAUUAAAAGACUAGCACUGGUAUUUUCAUUUGAAUGGUAAAUAUUAAGUAAUUACAUGAUGUGAUAAGUUUUAAAUUGUAACAAUCAUGUAUAGGGUCGCCGUGCUAUUGUGUGAAGAUAAUAUUGAUUAUAAAAUACAAAUGAAAAUAUUAUUCAGAUAUAAAGUAAUAAUUACCAUGAAAAAGCAAGUUACUUUUUUAAGGUAGAAACAUGAGAUACAUACAUAUUGUAGUAUAUAUCACAUUAUUAGUCUUCAUUCUUCACUAUAGUUCACUGUAAAUCACAUACAGUAAGACUUACCGAUGAUUUGAGUCAAUAACACUAUAAUUAUUAAUCUAGUUUCCACGUUUAGUUCAUUGCUUAAACAAUUAUUAAUAAAUUCAAAAUUCUUAAAUUGUGUUUUUGUAAUAAUAGUUUUUAUAAUAUAUUUUUUAUACAUGUGACAUGAUAUAUCUUAAAAUGUAUAUGUUCUGUUUUUCUGAUAAUAUUAUUAUUAAUAUUUAUUUUAAACUUAACUUGGAAACUAGCCACAAGAAU